AUGGCCUCCGAUGCGCCCACUGCGGCUCCCGCGCCCGUCUCUCGUCCGCGCGAAGUCUCAGCCCUAGACGAAGAAGCCUCCGAGCAGCUCAAGCUGGGCGAGUUCACCGGCGUGCCAACACUCUCCCUCUCCGAAGCGCGGCUCGUCAUAGACAAAGUCCUGCGCGUGCGAAAACAAGAGCGACGCGUCUUCCAAGAGACCGAAACCCUCACGAAAAUGCAAACCUACCUCGACCACUUCGCGCGCUUCAAGCAGCAGACGGCCGCCACAAACGUCGAGCGCACCCUCAGCAACUACCCCGAGAUGGAGAAGUUUGAGAAGAGCCAGCUGGCGACGCUGUGCUGCGAGGAUGCGCAGGAGGCCAAGACGCUGAUACCGAGCCUGCAGAAUAAGAUCUCGGAUGAGGACUUGACGCAGCUGCUGAAGGAGAUUGCACAGAAUAGGAGUUUGGGGGAGGCUUAG